CCAUAUAACAAGCAGCAUUGCAGGAGGCACAGCUACAGAAGGCGUUAGGAGAUAUAAAAGCGGAGAAAGAAAGAAUGAUUAGAAGAAGAGCCAGGAUGCAACGUAGACAAGCGGACGUCAGUGAGUUAGAGGAGGUGGACCUGACGCUCAUGUCCGAUGAUGUGAGGAUCAUACGGUCUGCCCUGCUAAAUAUAGUUGAGAUGCAGGACCAUCAGACGACCAUUCUUCAGGACAUCCAGCAAAGUCUGGCCCUGUUGGCUGGUCGUGCGCAGGCAACAUCGCCGAUGUCUGGGCCUGGUGCCUGGCCCGUUGUACAUCCUCCUCCUUAUGUCCCACCGGUGACUGGGGUAUCCCCAUAUGUAGCCCCAUCAUCAGUAGCGAUCGUUUCCCUGGGCAUGCUGCUUUCAGAAGGGGUAUCAGCUGGCCCGUUGCAGGUUGCGGUCACCACGCAGCCUGCUGUCUCGCAGCCUGUGCAGCCGCAGGGCACACAGCCCCAGCAGCUAGCACAGCAACCUGUGUCACAGGGUCCACAACCGGGAGUGAUGCAGGGACCGGGACAAACACAGUGGGUCCCAAAGACGGCCAUCGCCGCUCCGAAACCCUUCGUAGGGGAUAAGAGAGGUGAAGACCUCGACACGUGGUUGAGGGCAGUGCCAAUCUAUGUCAGGUGUAAACUUACCUUGCCGCACGAAGAAGUGCUUGUGGCUGCUUCCUACCUAGAGGGUAGUGCAGCAAGAUGGUUGAGUGGUUUAGUGCAGCUCCAGGGGUAUGGUGAUGACUUUCGCGCUUGGGCGGUCACCCAGAAAUUGGAGGACUUCCUGAAGAUGGUAGAGGAAAGGUGGCACGAUCCUCAGGAGGCCCAAAGGGCCACUGACGUGAUCCUGACACUGCACACACGACAGUUUAAGUCAGUAAGGGAAGCCACCGACGCUGUUGAGCGUCUGAUCCGUGUCCCAGGGGUGCGUUAUGACCCCCAGGUUUUACUUACCUCGUACCUGAGAUGCUUCUCUUUGCCUCUCAGGAACCAGCUGGCAAGUCAGGCCAACAUCAAUAUGCACAACUUUCCUUCGUUUAGCAAGAUGGCCCUAGACCUUGAGGCGAAGAUAGGGCUUGGACAAGCACCCACUACGAAUGGCAGGAAGAAGACGCUGCCUCCCAACUGGAAGGCGAAGGGCCGCUUAAUGUUUGUCGAUAACGAUGGUUCUACUAUCGAGCUAGACGACAACUUCCAGGAGGGAGUAGGUUCAGAGGCGGGCAGCGUAGAAGCUUCAGGGGGUGGAGUAGCCGCUGCUGUAAGGCGACCGGUAGACGCUGUGGAGGUUCCCGGUCUAGGAGUCAAGUUGACCCCAAUGCUCCUCCAUGGGAGAAAGCGGGUCUUACAGAGGACGUGUGGAGAGAUCGUUAUUCACGGCAGGCUUGUAUUCGUUGUGGCCAAUAUGGCCAUAACCAGUUCAAGUGCCGCAAUAAGAAGGUACGGUCCGUACGAGUUUGUGGUGAUGCCUUUCAGCCUUUGCAAUGCUCCUGGCACCUUUCAGCACGCUAUGAAUCGGAUAUUCCAUGACUACUUGGAUAAGUAUGUCAUCGUGUACCUCGAUGACAUACUUAUUUUUAGUAAGACCGUCGAGGAGCACGUUGCACAUUUGGACAAAGUCCUCAGUCUCCUGCGACAGCACAAGUUCAAGAUCAACGGUGAGAAGUGUGCGCUGAUUACUGAGUUUGGGCUUGAGGACAGUGUUACUCAGUCUUUGGUAGAAGCCUAUCGCGAGGACCCGUUUAUGGCCGAGAUCAUACGCAGACUAGAGGCGAAGGACAAAAGAACUUCUGCCGAGUUUGAGUUGAUCAACGGCCUUCUGUUCCUUGUGAAGGCAGGAAAUAAACGUCUGUGUGUUCCGAAUAGCAAGUUUUUGCGUAGUUUAUUUUUAGGAGAAUGUCAUGAUGCCACCGGACAUUUUGGUUUUAAGAAAACUGCAGCCAAUUUGUUGCAGCGGUUCUGGUGGCCCACGAUGAUGAGAGACGCAAAGUUGUACGUGGAGACUUGUCAGAUCUGUCAAAGAGACAAGCCACAUACUCAGGCUCCUCUUGAGCUCCUGAAGCCCCUUCCGAUUCCGGAAAGGCCUGGUGAGAGCUUGUCCAUGGACUUCAUGGAUACGCUGGUCACCAGCAAGAGUGGAAUGCGCUACGUCUACGUUAUUGUGGAUAGGUUUACUGCUGAACAGGGAACGCAGCUGCAGAUGACAUCAGGAAACCAUCCCGAGGCGAAUGGACAAGCAGAACAGUUGAACCGCACUGUACAACACCUGCUGAGGCAUUAUAUUAAGCCAAAUCAGGUAGACUGGGAUGAGAAACUUGCUCUCAUUGCCAGCCUGUACAAUAACGCGGUGCACAGCGCAACGGGCGUGAGCCCGAAUAGUCUGCUAGUAACUUUUAAACCUAGACUGCCCUUGGAUUUCCUACUACCUGACAACCAGCCCUCUGCUGCACCAGGAACUUUAGAGCUUGCUUAUCGAUAUGAGCAGCUGAUGCAGCAGGCUGUUGAGCACAUGCACAAGGCGCAGGCAGCGAUGAUAGAGUCUGAGAACAAACACCGCCGCCCAUCUACGUUUCAGGUAGGGGAGAGAGUCUGGGUCAAGUCCUCAGAACUGGGACAGGAGCACAGGAUCUCCCGCAAGCUCAUGCCACAGUACUUUGGACCAUGGGAGAUUCUGGAUGUUGUCGGGGAUGAGCCAGAUGGGCCGUCUUAUGUUAUUCACAUCCCUGGUCACUUACGCACCUACCCUGUUUUUCACGCCUCCAAACUUGCACCUUUUAAAGAAACAGAUCAAUUUCCCUCUCGUCACUCAAUGCUGCCCCCAACCAUGGACGGAGAGGUGGAUAUCGAUGACAUCGUGGACCACAGAGAGCUGCCAGCGCCAAGACCCGCAGGCAGGGGACGUCCUCCGAGACCGAAGCUGCAGUACCGCGUUCGGUUCUGGCAUCACACUGAUCCGAAGGAGGACCGCUGGUUCACCAGGGAAGAACUCAUGCAGACCGCUCCGCAAGUUUCCCUCCAUCGCAACUUGCGUUCCGGCAUCUACAACUGGCGUUCCAGCAUCUACAACUCGCGUUCCGGCAUCUACAACUCGCGUUCCGGCAUCUACAACUUGCUCCGGCAUCUACAACUUGCGGAGCGGUCUGCAUGAGUUCUUCCCUGGUGAACCAGCGGUCCUCCUUCGGAUCUGUGUGAUGCCGGAACCGAA